UCCCACCUUAUUAUUUUUAAAAUCUACCCAGAUCAUAGUAGAUUCCGACAUAUUCCGGGUCUACCUGGUGCCCGUCCACACCCGUACUCCCAACAUUAAUCUUCCCGUUCCUCUUCUUCUUCUUCCUCAGACAAAGUGAAAAAGCCCAAAGCUGCAAUUUCUGACUUCCUUCUUCCUCUAAGUCCCUCCUUUUUUACUCCAAAUCCGAAAACCAUCGCCAAACACUCCCUCUGUCACUGUCCUCUGAUCGAGUUUUUGAAACCCUUUUCGCGGCUCUCUCCGAAUCCCCAGAAUGUGUAGAAACCCGACAUUUCUCCCUCCUCAGACAGACAGCCUCUGUUCCUCGGAGUGAAGUUCCUUGGAAUAACAUCCAUGGCAGUUGAUGUCUGCUCGGAGAUUUCCAGCCCAGGAAUCAGUCCCAGGAUUUCCUUCUCGCACGAUCUGAAGGACUGCGAUCGGGUCCCAGUCGAGGAGAGCCACCGCCGAUCGGACGGCUGCCUCUUGGAGUCGAGCUCCAACUUCGAUUUCUGCAUCGGCGCCGCCUUCAUUCAAGAACUCUCGUCAGCAGAGGAGCUCUUCUCGAAUGGCAAGAUCCUCCCAGUUGAGAUCAAGAAGCCGAAACUCGGGGAUCUACCUCAAACCCGUAGCGAACCAGUCCCCGUAGUCCCCUCCCGUCAUCGGGUCACAGCCAAUGUAAGCUCCGAGAAGAAGCGGCUUAAAGAGUUCUUGUCGUCGAACUCCGACACAGAGGAGAUCGAGAACCCCCCGCAGCAGCCCAGGUCUUUCUGGCAGUUCAAGCGGAGCAACAGCCUCAACUGCGAAAUCAACCGGAGCAGAGGCCUGAUGCGAUCACUACAUUUCUUAUCACGAAGCAAUUCGACCGGCUCGGCCCCGAACCCAAAGCAGCACCCUAAUCCGAAGUAUAACCCGAGGCAGGGGCAGAGUUUCCAGAGGCAGCCAUCGGUCUACGGGAGGAAGUCAUCUUUCGGAAUGCCAUAUUCAUACAAUGCGUGGCAGCAGCAGAAGACGAAUCCCGCGAACCGGAAGAGUUACGGCAGCGGAGUGAGGAUUAGUCCCGUUUUGAACUUCCAGCCCCACAUCUCGAUCGGUACCGUAAAUCUCUUCGGGUUUGGGUCUCUUUUCUGUAAUGGAAAGGUCAAAAAGAAGAAGAAAUGAUCAUCACGUUGCUCGCUGUAAUACUUAAUCGCUCACUCAUUCCUUUUUCAUUUUUUAUUUUUUUUCUGGAUAAAAUGAGGGACGGCAGCAAUCAACCGGCACAAGCACUGACUUCAUUGGCGUAACAUCAUCAAAGACCUAGUAUAGUUUUCAGGAGCCGAAGGUGAUCUCAAGCCCAAGUCAAAGAGCCCACUCUAGCAUAUGUUCUGGGGGAUCGAAUUCGAGACUUGAUGAUCUUCAAACCACAUCGGAGUGAGUUUAGAACUAUUUGGUCAUCAAUAGUAUUUCUUUUUCAUUUUUGGGUAGACAGUGCUGUCACUUCUGUAAAUAAAACAUGUCAAAUUGAAAUAGACCCGAAGGAUCACAUGAUAGAUUUGGUUUGUGCUUA